CGGCCGCCGCAGACAGCCCGGCCGGCACCCGCGGCGGCUUCGUGCUCAACUUCCACGCGGACGCCGAGCUGGCCGGCAAGAAGAAGGGCGGCCUCUUCCGCCGCGGCUCGCUGCUGGGAAGCAUGAAGCUGCGCAAGUCCGAGUCCAAGUCCUCCAUCUCCAGCAAGCGCAGCUCGGUGCGCAGCGACGCGGCCCUGAGCAGGAUCAGCUCCAGCGACGCCAACUCCACCAUCAGCUUCGGCGACGUCGACUGCGACUUCGGCCCCCUGGAAGACCACGUGGACGCCACCACCACGGAGACCUACAUGGGCGAGUGGAAGAGCGACAAGCGCAGCGGCUUCGGCGUCAGCGAGCGCUCCAACGGCAUGAAGUACGAGGGCGAGUGGGCGAGCAACAGGAGGCACGGCUACGGCUGCACCGUGUUCCCCGACGGCUCCAAGGAGGAAGGAAAAUACAAAAAUAAUAUUCUGGUCCGUGGAAUAAGGAAGCAGCUCAUACCCAUCCGAAACACAAAAACUCGGGAGAAGGUGGACAGAGCGAUCGAAGGCGCGCAAAGGGCGGCCGCCAUGGCGAGAACCAAAGUGGAAAUAGCCAACUCCAGGACUGCACACGCAAGGGCGAAGGCUGACGCCGCCGACCAGGCUGCUCUGGCUGCCCGCCAGGAGUGCGACAUUGCGAGGGCUGUGGCCCGGGAGCUGUCACCCGAUUUCUACCAACCAGGCCCUGAUUACAUCAAACAGAGAUUUCAGGAAGGUGUAGAUGCUAAAGAAAAUCCCGAAGAGAAGGCACCAGAAAAGCUGCCUACACCAAAGGAAUCUCCUCAUUUUUACCGCAAAGGCACCACCCCGCCUGCAUCUCCUGAGGCGAGUCCCAAGCAGAGCCACUCUCCCAAGCCUUCCUCUCCAAAGGCCCUGAGGAAGCAGAACCCCAGUUCAGGGGCAAGACUCGGUCAAGAUAAGCGGAGUGUGGCUGACGAGCAGGUCACAGCUGUUGUCAGUAAGCCCCUGAUGUCAAAGGCCCCCUCCAAGGAGGUAGUAGCCCAGUCCAAGUACUCUGGCCGCCACCACAUCCCCAACCCCAGCAAUGGGGAGCUGCAUUCUCAGUAUCAUGGCUACUAUGUGAAACUGAACGCCCCCCAGCACCCUCCGGAAGACGUGGAGGAGGAUGGAUCGAGCCAGGCUUCCUCAGCACUGGUGCACAAGCCAUCGCCGAACAAGUGGAGCUCCCCUAAAUCUGUGACAAAACCAGUUGCCAAAGAAAGCAAAGCUGAGCCGAAAGCUAAGAAGUCUGAACUUGCUAUACCAAAGAAUCCAGCAAGCAACGAUUCGUGCCCUUCUUUAGAAAAAGAAGCCAAUUCAGGCCCCAAUUCAGUCAUGAUUGUCCUUGUCAUGCUGUUGAAUAUCGGGCUGGCCAUUCUUUUUGUCCACUUUCUAACUUGAUUGGAAUUAGGAAAGUGAAGUCAAUGACAACUAGUGGUGUUAGCCCGCAGUUCUCUGCCGUGCUGUCGUCAGCCCUUUAAAUGGCACGCCCCAGUCAGACUCAGACACAGGCAAGGAGGCUUGGAAUUAGGAUGGGAUCGCGAGAGAGAUGAAACUUGGAAAAUUCAGCCCGAGGACCUGUUCAGAUCCCUGGGGAAUGCUUGUGGCUUUGGGGUUCUCUGGGAGCUGAAGCACGCAGCCAUGUUGGAGAGCAAAACUUAAUAAUAAUUCUUUUUUAAAAUCUGCUGAAGCAGCCCCAUCCGGCGAAGUUCUUGGCAUUGGCUCCUCCAUCUGUCCUAGCAGAGUGUGACUAAACUGGAAAUGUAUGGAGCUGCAUUUUUUUUUUUUUUUUUUUUUUGAUGGAAGUCAACAGCUGUCUUACUAUUUUACCAUCUGACGUUUUUAGUAGGGAGCUGGGGAAACGACUGCCCGAGGAAUGCAGUCAGAGGAUUGUGUUGCUGUGGACGUGGUUCCAACAUUCACUCCUAUCUUAUUAGAAGAAAUAGGUAGCAGCAUCACUCAGCAGUCUUAUGCCAUGACCUGCUGCUUUAACAUCUCCCGGAAUGUUCUGGGAGAGAAUGUUUCGUUUGCUUGUGCACGACUCUGCUAAUUUUUGCUGUUUAUUUAAAUAUGAUGUAUAGUCAUCUACCACCUGCAGUCCUGGCUGGACAGAACAUACAUCUUGUAUCUCAAGGAAAAGAAACAACAAAGCGCUAGAGAAAAUGUGUUUAUUUUGAUAGCAAUACAUCAUUUUUCAUGUCAUUUAUUCUUCCUAAACCUAGAAAAGCCUAUUUAUCUUUAAAAUAUAGCAGUCUGAAGGCGUUACGCCUUCCUAAGAAAUAACUUAUUUUAAAUAUUUUUAACAUUACAGAGAUGAAUUAUUUAUGCACUUUUAAAGAGGUGCUAAAUUUUAAAAGCUGAAAGACAACAGAAUUCUAAGAAGUGUAGUCAAAAUGUUGCAUGGAUUGUGGUAAUCGGUGUUUAAAGGGUUCAGUUUCAUUGCUGACGUACUUUACAACCAAAUAAAAUCUUGUCAGUGGCUAUGUUAAUUCCCAUGAAAGUUAAGCAAGAUGCUAUUAAUAACUGCUCGUCUCUUUUUUUCCCCAAGUUAAAUUUUUGUUGAAUACAUUCAGGUAGAGCAUAAAGCUUUGUUAAAUCACUGCCUCUCAAUUUUCUGCCUUUUGUGUUUUUCAAAGUCCUUUUGUAAUUUCAGUUCAAAUUUUAAAGGCUUAGACAUUUUUAUUUUAAAUAUUUGUCUUUUGCAAUCCUUUGUUAUUCUGACAUACUCUGAUUUUUUUUUUGCCGUUUUAUAAUUUAUCCUUUCCUACUCAGAAGCAUGCUUACUUAGAGAAAUUACAUGGUCUUUAUAAAAAUAAUUAUUUAAAAAGAAAUCAGGGGAGGAAAGAUAUGUGCUAAAUCUCUUUAAGACCUUACCUAGGGAAGGGGAGCUCUUCCUAAAUAUGUUCAUGAUUUGCAUGGGUUUACUCAGAUUCUUUUUUUUACCCUAUUAGCUACUUUUUCAAUGCAGAAGAGACAGUUCCCAUAAUUCCCGUGUUAGCACAGGUGUGGACCGCAUGCCUUAUCACCUGCAGGGUAGUAACCCGGUGGUGUCUUUUGCAGAAGUGCAAUAUGUUGAGAAUCCUGGGUGUGACCAAUAUGGAAUAAAGAAGAAGGCAGAAAGAGAGCAAAUGAAAAAUUACAACUUGUAUAUUUAUUUUUUACAUUUUGCUUUGACUUUUAAAUUUAGGAAGUACAUUUUUACCCAAGAACAAACAUUUAAAUCCCUGUAAAAGUCUCAGAACUCUCACUGCUCCUUCCUUACCCUGUAGCUCCUUAAGGAUGGAAAGCUGAUUUUUUUUAAGAAAAUAAAAUAUGUAGUCUUAUUAAGUGUUUAUUUAAAAUGUGUAAUGUUUUGGAAAUAAUGGGUAACAGAUAAUUAAAGGAUAUGUUUAUAAAGUGAGCAUGUUGGUUCCAUUUAUAAAUAUAUGUAUGAUUUAUAAGCUUUUUUAAAACAAAGCUCAAAUUGUUGGUAUUUUUCUAAAAUGUGCACAGCUGUAUUUUACAUGAAGGCUCUUUCUAAUGGGUUGUUAUACUGUACUCUACAUUUUGGACAGCACAUGAAGUCUGCCAAUGUACUUAAUAAAACAUGACUUUGUUUAUUUAAAGUUUCUUGCUGUGAAAAAAGAACUCCCUAUCUGUGAGUUCCUUUAUUUAUAAUCCUUGAAACCAAAAUGUAUAAUGUACAGUUUUCACAACUGUAUCUGCUCUAAUAAAAAAGUUGGUUAUUAA